CGAGGUGGUGGAUGAAGCGUCGAACAGGGGGGGUGUGGGAGGAUCUGCGGUAAUGCGACGACGCGACGGAAGACUACUUCAAGGACAAGCUGCGCAUGUCGCCACGGGUGUUCCGGGAGAUAGCGAAAACUUUGUCUCCCUUCCUUCAACGGCGUGUCACGUUUUAUAGGGAGCCCCUCCAGCCUGACCUCAUCGUAGCGUUCGCUUUGUACAGAUGGGCGUCGAGGGAGACGUACGAGAGCGGGACGUGCAGCUUCGACAUUGGCAGAAAGUCUGGGUUGGUGGUUGUGCGGGAUGUUACUUCGGCGUUGCUGAGUGCGUACCACGACAAGAUAUCGACGUGGCCAACAGGGCUGCAAAAGGCGGUCGUCCUGCGCGCUUUCGCUGACAAGGGUUUCCCCAACUGCCAUGGCUGCAUCGAUUGUACCCACAUCUUCAUCGACAAGCCAGGCAAUUGCCGCGGAGAGGACUACUACGACAGAAAACGUCGUUUCUCCGUCCAGGCUCAGGUGGUCGUCGAUCUGAACUUGCGCGUGCUGGAUAUGUUCGUCGGAUACCCGGGGAGCUGCCACGACGUGAGGAUCGUCCACCUGUCCAGUUUGUGGGCACGUGCGGAGGCAGGGGAACUUUUCACUGGGCCACCUGUCAUGCCACCUUUCGGUGUGCGAACGAACGGCUAUCUACUGGGCAACAACGGUUACCCCCCCUCGGAAUGGGUAGUCGUCCCCUACGGCAGUGUAUCACAGCACCCAUCGGAGAUUCGGUUUGACAACAAGCAGAAGACGGCGAGGGAAGCAGUCGAGAGGGCUUUCCACAGAUUGAAGGGGAUGUGGAGGUUGUUCCUUCGCUCCCACAAGGCGAACAUGGAGACGUUGCCGCAACAAUUCGUCGCCGUCUGCAUUCUGCACAACAUACUCAUCAACGCGGGCAUCCCAUUCGACGACAAUCUGCUGUGGGAGGUCGAGCCGGACGGUGUUCGCCGCAGGGUGGACCUUGGGAUGCACCGCCCGUUGAGGCAGAUGUGUAUGGAGUCGUCGACGGGGGAUGCACUGAUCCUGCGGGGUGCACUGGCGGAGCGAAUGGGUACGCAGUAAAGACGAACAGUCGUCGGGAGCGGGCGGCAUGCAGAGAGAGAGAGAGAGAGAGAGAGAGAGAGAGAGAGAGAGAGAGAGAGAGAGAGAGAGAGAGAGAGUCAAUCGACCGCUACCUGUGUUGGUGGGCGUUGGCGUGCAUGUGGUGCCUUGUCUGGCGCACUUUAGUUUCCUGUACUUUCGCAUUGCGCCGCACUU